AACUGCUUACUUGAGUCUAUCAAACUAAGAAAAAAAAAUGACUGAUCAACGGUAAACAUACACACAUUACUAUUGUGCCAAGCAGUUAGUUGAGCCUAUAGUUUGCAAUUCCUUAGAAGAUCUCAAACAAGAUCGAAACACGACCUUAUGACUUUCGAAAUUAAUUUUUCGCCAUCUCAUGAAUGAUAGCAGUGACAUAUGAGAAAAAAGAGGAAAUAUUACCACUGUCUAGGUCGAAUGAGCAAUGCAGAGAGCGACGGAGAGCAACCGUUGUGAUCGCCGGAGAGUUUGCCUUCAGCCUGUGUUCGUCGGUUGGGCAGAUCGAGCGAGGUGGAGGAGAAAGUGGGAGAGAUAAAAACAGACAAUUCUUAAACGAACUUUAAUUUUAAUUUUAAUUUUGCUGCGGUAAAUGAACGGUCCAAUCAAGAUAUUUUGGGUUUUCAAUUUUUCCGCUUAUCAAGAGAAUCAAUAAAGCGUUUUAGAUUAG